AUGCAACAGAACCUUCACAAUGAAUCCGAAUCCGAAUAUGAUAAGAUCCACGACCCAGCCAAAAUACCCACUUCACCGAAUGGUCAAGGAGAUAUUACCUCACGUUCCAAACAGGAGUGGGAUCUGGAUAAUAUAACCAAAUCAUCUGGAAAUCUUUUAACCAAAGCUUCGAAUAUGGGUAUGAAAGCAUUUACGUUAGGUACAGAAUACGCUACGAAAGCUUCCAGAUCCGAUUUGGUAAAAUCAGCUACUUCCAUGCUUAACGAUACUUAUUCAUCACUUGUUAACGGUAGUCCGACUCAUCCUACUAACGGCCCAUCACCGUAUAUGCAAGGACAGAAAAUACCAACAAUUGAUGAUCGGACUAUUGAUUUGCGAUAUUCAAAUACCAAUAAACUCUCAAAACUCAGAAGACCAUACGAUCCACUUACCAAUACCUUCACAGACUCGGAUUCGGUAGAUGACAAGUUCCUUGGCAGUUUCUAUGGUUCGGCGGAAGAGAGGGAUGCAGAAGCUGAAGCAUAUCUGAGAGGGGAUAGAUGGUAUUGGUCCAUGAAGACUGAUGAGGGCAAAUAUGAAUUUGCAAGGAUGGAACAUACUUUAGAUGAAUUGACAAAUAAGAACAGAAGGGAAGAUGAUGGAUUUGAAAUUGCAUAUGUCCAAAAUGAUCAAGAGGAAGUACAAGAGUUUUUAAAUACGCUUGAAAAAGCGAAGAUAUCAACGACUCGAUCGAAUUCACAUGAUAGUAGGACAAAAGAUACUACAGUAGAAAUGAAAAGGGAUAAAUCUGGUUCGCCGUUCUCAGCUAGAGCUAGUAGAUUUCUAGCUGGGGAGCCACGGAGCGAAUUGAGUGAUUGA